AUGUCUGGCGGUCCUUACCCUUGGUCUAUGUAUCGUGGUCUAUGGAGCCCGCUACCUGCUGCACCUAAAGGCGCUUAUCUCAAGGGCAAGAUCGUUAUAAUCACCGGAGCAACAUCAGGUGUUGGCCUCGAAGCUACCAAACAAAUGGCGAAGGCUUCGCCGGAACAGUUGAUCUUAGCUGUCAGAAACCUGGAAGCAGGAGCAAAGAUUCUUGCUUCCAUCAAGAAAUCAGAGCCAAAACUGAAUGGCAAGGUCAUGUAUCUCGAUCUAGCCGAUUUGAAUAGUAUCAAGACUUUUGCAGAAGAGACCAAAACUUUGAAGAGGGUAGAUUUACUCGUCAACAAUGCUGGUGUGAACCCAAACUUCGACGAUGCACCUUAUAAAGCUACGAAUGACGGUUAUGAACGAACAUUUCAAGUCAAUGUCCUUGCUCCUUUCUUGACAACGAUCUUGCUCCUUCCAUUACUCAAACAAUCAUCAAGCCCCCAAGUGAUCUUCUCUGGAUCCGAUACACAUUUCGUUGCUCCUUCAGAGCCAGUCCAAAAGCCAAUUGAACAAGGUCGAUCUAUCAUUGAAGCGUACAACGACGCGUCGAUCUAUAACAAUGGAAAAAGAUAUUUCGAGUCAAAACUUCUUCUACAAAUGAUCACUCGGAGUAUGAUCAAGCAGAUUCCCUCAAUCAAUACCAUCAAUGUGAACCCAGGUCUCGCCAUGACCAAUCUUGGUAGAGACUUCAACUUCUCAGUGUCUUUUAAAACAGUAUACGAGGUGGUAUGGUUCUUAUUGAAUGCAAGAAGUGCUGGUAAAGCAGCUCGAAAUUUGACUUCAGCUGCUGCUUGGGGUGGGGGCAGUCAAGAUUACUGGUCCGAAUGUGGUCCUGCUGCUUCCGAAAACAUGUACCUUUACUCGGCGAAAGGGUUGAAAGCCACACAAUUGUUCUACGAAGAAAUGGUGAAAGAAGUGAACAAGAUCAGUCCUGGAUGUACGAAUAAUCUGAUCUGA